AUGGGUCGCUUAGAUGGUAAAGUCGCUAUCGUUACAGGCGCCGCGUCUGGAUUUGGCCAAGGUAUCGCUGAGCACUUCGCUGAAGAGGGCGCUCAAGUCCUCAUCUGCGACAUCAACGAAGCAGCAGGCCAAAAAGUAGCUGCGACGUCCGAAUCUUUCGAGUUUCAGAGUAUGAACGUCACUAAAGCAGCGGAUUGGCAAAGCGCUGUCGAUAAAGCCGUCCAGCUUUGGGGGCAUCUCGACAUUCUAGUCAAUAACGCCGGUACCAGCUACGAGAACAAGAGCACAAACCUGGUCACGGAGGAGGAAUUCGACAAGGUCAUGAGCGUCAACGUCAAGAGCGUCUUCCUCGGCAGCAACGCCUUCACAGCCCAGGUCAAAAAGCAAGGCUCAAAAGGCUCAAUGAUCAACAUCGCCUCCGUAGGCGCUCAUCGACCUCGACCCGGGCUAGUAUGGUACAACGCAUCCAAAGGAGCAAUCACAAACGCGACUAUGGGUCUUGCGGCGGAAUAUGGCCCGGAUGGAAUACGCGUCAACUCCAUUUGUCCCUUGGCGACUAUGACAGGUCUACUUCCUACGUUUAUCGGGAAGGAGAUUACGCCAGAGGUUCAGAAGGCGUUGGGGAAUGUUCCGCUUGGGAGGAUGGGGGAGAUUAGGGAUGUAACUAAAGCAGCGGUGUUUUUGGCGAGUGAGGAGGCUUCGUUUAUUACGGGUGUUAACCUUGAUGUUGAUGGAGGGAGGGCAAUCUAG